UUUCUGCAACAAUAGACGCCUUUACUGCUGUUUUGCAACAAUCGGAUAGGUUAACUUGAUAGCUGAUACUAAUCUACCUAGCAUUGUCAUGACAAUACAUUAGUACUUGCACUUCUAGUAUUGUGAUUGCAUUAUGGAGAUGCGCCAACGUGGAGAAACUAGGAGCUUUCUAAACGCACUAGCUACUGUACAGUUUGUUGCCAUUUUAGAAAAUACAUGGACCUUCACCUCAAUAUCGGCAAUACAAUAGUUUUCUGGGGGGCGAAUGUUAAAUUACACAUAUGGUUAAUGUCUAUACACUCAGUAACCAGUGUAUUUUGUAUACUGGCUUUGUUUUUAACUAAGUUCGCACUCAUAACUGCAAGUUCCUAGAGUCAGAACGAGCUCAGCGCUGCCACCAUUCUCGGGAAGUACAUUUUAUUAUUUGAAAGCAUUUGAUACGAUAACUUGAGGGGAAAACAGGUUUGUUGAUGUCGAGGGACACAUUCAGUUUUUUUCGUAUAAUUAUCAAUCGAUCAAAUGUAUUUUAUAAAGGCCUUUUUACGUCAGCAUUUGAAACAAAGCGAUUUAAAAACACCCAGCCAAUCACUAACAAGAAGGCAAUUACGAACUGAGCCAAGGUUCACCAACCUGUUUACAAAACGCUCCAACAGACAGUGAGUCACGUGGAUGUGGCGUGCAAUAUAAUGCAGACAAACUGGCGUUCAUGUACUGUUCAACGUUAAAAUCUGCUAAACACAUGACCUAAGUAACUUUAAUUGGUGUCUGGUUCGCCAGUUCCAGUACCUCAGAAACAGCCGUACUCUUGUUUGUUUCACGGACAAUCGUGUCGAAAGGUGUAUAAACAAUGGUGAAAACAGCAUGUUGAAGACGGGUCUAAGGAGAAUGAUACAAUGGUCUGAGUCCUGGCUUAUCGGACUUCUGGUGUUCCAUGCUGUUUGUCUCCUCACAACACUUCUCACGUCUAGAUUCUACAGAGUUCAAAUAUGCCAAUUUCUAGUUAUGGUAUGCAUGGUAUACAGUGCUGAAUACCUGAAUGAGGUGGCAGCCAAAAACUGGAGGGUGUUUUCCAGGUUCCAGUACUUUGACUCAAAUGGAAUGUUCAUAUCAUUGGUCUACUCUGUUCCCCUUCUGCUCAACACAAUCAUUAUUGUGGCAUUGUGGGUGUACAGAACAUUUUCCACAAUGACAGAGCUGAAGGUCCUGCAGCUGAAGAGAAAGGCCCGCAGAGAGCAGAACAAGAAGACUGAUUAAUCUGUGGUGGGCUGAUGCUGGAAAACACCUAAACCGUUUCCAACAAUCUGCUUGGUUAACACGACUCCACAUUAAAUGGCAAACAUCUGUAACAAGUGCUGGCCCAAGUGCUGCAACUGCCUGAACCUCUUAAAAAGGUAGAUCUGUACUGCAUUCGUAUUAAUUACAGGACCACAUAAGUGGACGUGGUGAUCUCUGUUUCCCAUCUAAUGGGAUUCAGAUAAAACUCAGUCUCAGUCCGUGCCCAAGUUCACUUCUAUUUGUAGAGGUUUGCAGGUCAAUAGGCCUUUCUCAUUUUGUGAAUAUUAUGUCAACAAAUGUAAUUUUAUGAUAAACAUGUUUGCCAUAUUGUUUUACAUUCCUUUUUGAUUACUGGCCACACACCUGUACAAUGCUCAUGGCAAAUAUAAAAAAAUGUUUGGGUUGUGGCAUAAUGUUUAUGUUAAAUAAAAUAUUGUAUUGCUUA